UAAUUAAAUAAAAACUCAUUCCCAUGUUUCCAUACUCACACUCCAAUAGGUCCCAUUCCUGGUCCACCCCCUCCAUGAGGUAUACAGAAGGUCUUGUGAAGGUUGAGAUGAGACACAUCUCCUCCAUAAUCCCCAGGACGACAGAGCCCAACCUGAGCAUUGAGAUUAGCACCAUCUACAUAUACCUGGGGGAGGAGUAGAAAAUGAAGACAAGUAUGCAAGUAUAUACUUGUAUACAAAUACAUUGCAAUGUACAUUCACAGUGACAAUAUCAUAACUUCAAAUGUAGCUGAAAUGUACAUCAGUAUCUGGGAUUUUAUUACAAUAUUUCUGUGACAAAUAUUUUAAUGAGCCUCCAUGAGUAAGCAAAGUGUUACAUCAUCACAAGAAUUGACUUAAUUACUUUUAGCUAUAGUUGAAAUUUUAAUUAUUAAUUCUGUGAUCUGACUUGUCUAUUAUAUUUUAUCUUUAAUGACUCUUGCAAUUCAUGCAAGAUGAGUUACACUGUACUUCCUUAAACUCUUCUGUUUAGACAGCAUUUUUAUCUGCUCUUAUCUUAGGUGUCUAAGUUAUUAAAUCUAAUUAUAAAUACAGUUACAUGGUUACACCCCCAGGUCACUCUGGCUCAGUGGCUCGCCCCAAAAAUUGCCAGAAUAUAGAACAAUGGAGAUGAGUGACACUGAUUCUCAAAGUAGCUGUGAAUCACCAGAUUCAAGCAAGUGUAUAUUAUUAUAUGCCAUAAUAGAUAUAUUUAUUACAAUAGGUAUAUACCAGUUUGGCCCAGGACUAUGCGUUAUAAUUAAUAACAUCGUUUUUCAUGAUCCACGAAAUAAUCUUCCAAGUGGUGUAAAGGAUGAGGCCAGUCUAAAUUCUACGUUCACAUCACUUGGAUUUGAUGUCAGAGUUCAUCAGAAUAAAACAGCAGCAGAAAUAGGGUCUAUCGCAAGGGAAUACAGUGCAAUGCAGCACACUGGAGCCUUCUUCUUCAUUAUAUCCAGUCAUGGAGGAGAAGGUGAUGUUGUCUAUGGCACUGAUGGAAAAGCAGUUGCAGUUCAGGAAUUAAAAAAGCGAUACUAUGCUACAAAUUGUCACUCUUUAGCUGGAAUACCUAAAGUAUUUGUCAUUGAUGCUUGUCGUGGCAUUAUAAAAGAACCAGCUCUUCAAUAUACAACGAAAGCUUUUCAAAGCUCUCUUUUGAGUAGUACAACCAGUUUCAUGGAUUCAGCCGAUAUUAUGACAAUAUUUGCAUCAGCACGAGGUAACGCAGCUGGUUGUAAUGAAAAAGGAAGCUUUUUUAUACAAAAAUUUGUAAGAGUUUUAAAAAAACAUGCCACUAAAAUGAAUCUAACAGACAUGAUGAAGAAAGUCAAAAGAAAAAUUGAAAAGUUACAAGUACAAACUCCACAUGUUGAAUCCAGUUUUUCCAAAGACUAUUAUAUCCAAAGGGACAGACAGGAUGAGGAGGAAGCACAUGAGGAACCGAUGGAGCAGCAGGAUGCAGCAAAUUCAGAAAUGAUAUCAAUGCAGGCUUCAUUUUCUUGAUUCUUUGCAACAAUACAGUGCUUUUAUACAUGUAGUUAGAACAAUUUUUUUUGGUUUUUUUUAGAUACUUUCCCUUUCAAGUUUUUUUGUAAACUAAUACAAUGACGCCUCUAUAGCGUACACUAAUAAUUAUUUUCUCAUUUGUUAGCUGUGUUGCUAUUGAUUGAAA